AGCUCCAACUUGCAGUGAGGAGAUAUGAACUCUAGCACAUUUGGUUGGGGUGAAGUUGAGUUAAAGCACCUGUCCAUGAAGACUGAUGUAAAUCUAUGUCCACUAUUACAUACAUACUUCUGAAAUAAGAGCUAGAAUAGAAUUAUUUUCACCAAGGUCAAUGGUCAGCUGUUGACUGACCAGCUUCAUUAUGCAGUUACCUAUCAGAGUACUGUUUCUUAAAAGCUUAAAGUUAGACAUUCAGAGUUUAUGUCGCUCAGCCGAGGCAUUAUUUGUUAGAAACUGCAGUGCUAUAUCAAGUGCCCACAUAGCUGCAGAUACAAAAUGCACUUCCUGGAAAGAUCUUGCAAAGAAUUUUCUUCAGGAAGCUACAAAUUAUCCAAAUACCUUAGAAACAAAGUAUAUACCCAUGAAAAGUAGUAAAGGAAAGUCCAAAACAUCUGAGGUUCGGCAUAUUGUUGACUAUCGUCAAAUUCGCACUGUAGGGGGUAAUGGUGGUGAUGGCCGCAUAUCCUUUCUAAGUGUUUUUAAAGUCGACAAGGCUGGUCCAGAUGGAGGUGAUGGGGGCAACGGUGGUCAUGUAGUGUUUCAGGCAAAGAAAGGAAUGAGAAGCUUAUCACACUUGAGUUCUUUCAUUCAUGCGCCAAAUGGGGAGAGUGGUGGUCAUAAAGAUUGUCAUGGAAAGGAUGCUGAUAAUUUGGUGGUUCAGGUACCUAUUGGAACAGUUUUCAAGUAUAAAGGUACUACAGUUGCUAGUCUAGAAGAAGAAGGUAGCAUGUUUGUAGCGGCACGUGGUGGUGCAGGUGGCAAGGGUAAUGCUUUUUUCAAAACAGAUGUGGAUCAGGCUCCACGUGUUUCAGAAUUUGGUGGGAAUGGUGAAAUAUUUGAAUAUGAAGUGGAACUAAAAACAAUGGCAGAUGUUGGUUUGAUUGGGUUUCCUAAUGCUGGUAAAUCCACUCUGCUGCGCGCAAUUUCAAGAGCUCGGCCAAAAGUUGCUUCUUAUCCGUUCACAACUUUAAAUCCUUACAUUGGUAUGGUUCAGUUUGCAGAUUAUCAUCAGCUGGCUGUUGCUGACAUACCAGGCUUAAUUGAAGGUGCUCAUCGAAAUCGUGGGUUAGGCAUAGAUUUCUUGAGACAUAUAGAGAGAUGUAGCUGUCUUCUUUAUGUAUUAGAUGUUUCUCAACCGGAACCUUGGAGGCAAUUAGAAAUUCUCAUGUAUGAACUGGAGCAAUAUAAAAAAGGGCUUUCACUGCGUCCUCAUGCUGUCGUUGCAAACAAAAUAGACUUGCAGAAUUCAGAGGAAAACGUUGCUGCUCUUGCAAAAAGGAUUGAUUUGCCCAUUGUACCUGUCAGCGCUAAAAUGGGUCAUCAGUUAGUACCACUGCUUUCUCUACUGCGACUUCUUGUGGAUCAAAAAGAAAAAACAACUUGAUAUCAAUACCAGUGUUCCAUUAUGUAAAUAUAGUGAUAUUUGUGUAUAUAUAUUUUCAAAAUUCCAUUAUUUCAAACUGUUAGAAUGUAACUUAAUUAUGGGUUAACUGAGUUUUUUCAGUUAUUAUAUAACAGGCUAAAGUUAGAUAAAAAUUUAACUCAAUCUUAUGUUCUGUAUAUUCAUGUUCACUGUGCAAGAAUUAUGUUGAAAUAGCAUUGUAUUUUGCUUAUUAAAUGAAGGUUAUGAAAUUUU